CGGCAAUACGCUUCCCGCGCUAAACGAAGCGCUGCUGCCGCCCGCCCCGGAGCACGCCGGGAGCCGUAGGCGCCCUGCGCCGCCAUUCCCGCCUCCUAUUGUGGCUGGCGCUGCGGCGCGUCGACAAUAGCGGUGCUGGGGGCGGCGCCGCUGCCGCUCCGCAUUCGGCAAGGGCCGCUGCGCACUCCUCCCCCUGGGGCCGAGCGAAAGGGGCGUCGCCGCCGCCGCCGCCAUGGCCGGUUGUUAUCAGUCCUUGGCAGCGGGUUAUGGCGACGGCGGUGAAUGAAUUCUCCGGGCGGCAGAGGGAAAAAGAAGGGCUCAGCCGGCUCCAGCUCUGCGCCCCCAGCCGCCGGGGCUUCACCCUCUUCGCCGCCCGGGCCGGCCCCCCCCUUGCCGCCGGCGGGGGCGGCGGCGGCAGCGGCGUCCCCCCACAAGCGGAACCUGUACUACUUCUCGUACCCGCUCUUCGCCGCCUUCGCCCUGCUCCGCUUCGUCGCUUUCCAGCUCGGGCUGCUCUUCGCCUGGCUCUGCGAGCGCCUCUCCCGCGGCGCCCUUAUGGCCGCCAAGGGCAGCAGGGCCGGGGCCGGCGACGCGCCCGAGCCCGGCGGGGCGCCCGAGACGGUGCGGGCCUGUCACAAGCGGGCCUUCGAGUGCAUCUCCAUGGCGCUGCGCAUCGACGAGGACGAGAGAGCAGGACAAAAGGAACAAGCUGUUGAAUGGUAUAAGAAAGGAAUUGAAGAACUGGAAAAAGGAAUAGCUGUCUUAGUAAUUGGUCAAGGUGAUCAGUGUGAACGGGCUCGACGUCUGCAAUCUAAAAUGAUGACAAAUUUGGCAAUGGCCAAGGAUCGCUUGCAGCUUUUAGAGAAGCUGCAGGCAGUUUUGCAAAUUUCCAAGCCGCAAAUGGAGGUCUAUAAUGACAGUACUAACCUGGCAUGCCGCAAUGGACAUCUCCAGUCAGAAAGUGGAGCAGUUCCAAAAAAGAAGGAUCCCUUAACACACACGAGUAAUUCCCUUCCUCGUUCAAAAACUGUUGCAAAAACUGGAUCCACAGGUCUUUCAGGUCACCAUAGAACUCCUAGCUACAGUGGGAUAUCAUCAUCUUCUGUGUCUAGACCAGCACCUAAUCCUGCAGCUUCAACUCACAAGGUUGCUCCUAAAAAUAGCAGAACAAAUAAGCCCUCUACUCCUACCACGGCUCCUCGAAAAAAGAAAGACUUGAAAAUAUUUAGAAAUGUGGACAGUAAUCUUGCUAAUCUUAUCCUGAAUGAGAUUGUUGAUAGUGGGCCAGCUGUCAAAUUUGAUGAUAUUGCAGGGCAGGAACUGGCUAAACAAGCUUUGCAAGAAAUUGUUAUCCUUCCUUCUCUUAGACCUGAGUUAUUUACAGGACUUAGAGCUCCUGCACGUGGAUUAUUGCUGUUCGGCCCACCAGGAAAUGGGAAGACAAUGUUGGCCAAAGCAGUUGCUGCAGAAUCAAAUGCUACUUUCUUUAAUAUAAGUGCAGCGAGCCUAACUUCAAAAUACGUGGGUGAAGGGGAGAAACUGGUGCGUGCUCUAUUUGCAGUAGCCAGAGAACUUCAGCCUUCUAUAAUUUUUAUUGAUGAAGUUGAUAGCCUUUUGUGUGAAAGACGGGAAGGUGAACAUGAUGCUAGUAGGCGUCUAAAAACAGAAUUUUUAAUAGAAUUUGAUGGUGUGCAGUCUUCUGGAGAGGACAGGAUACUUGUAAUGGGAGCAACAAACAGGCCACAGGAGCUUGAUGAUGCUGUUCUCAGACGAUUCACCAAACGGGUAUAUGUGUCUUUACCAAAUGAGGAAACAAGAUUGAUUUUGCUAAAAAAUCUUCUAAGCAAGCAAGGAAGUCCAUUGACCCAAAAAGAGUUGGCACAGCUAGCUAGAAUGACAGAUGGAUACUCUGGAAGUGAUUUAACCGCAUUAGCAAAGGAUGCGGCGCUGGGCCCUAUUCGAGAAUUAAAACCAGAACAGGUGAAGAACAUGUCUGCCAGUGAGAUGAGAAAUAUCAAACUAUCAGAUUUCACCGAGUCUUUGAAGAAGAUAAAGCGCAGUUUGAGCCCUCAGACCCUGGAAGCGUAUAUUCGUUGGAACAAGGACUUUGGCGAUACCACGGUGUGAAACACUACUUGAAGUGAAACAAAGUGCUGCCUAAGGAACAAUUGGUACAGACUACUGGAAAGCAGCCAGAGUUUACAGGACUUUACAGAUCUUUAAGUAUCUGCAUUAAAACUUGAGAUUAAGAAAAAAUUAUACAAUGUGAAAUGUGUUCAUCAAAGCCUCCUUGCUAUUUAGUGAGGAUUUACACACUGUAAGUAAGAGCACAAUAGGACUUGAGAUAAAAUUCCUAGCAAUCCGAUUAUGGUUUGAACAAUAAUAUGUGUAUUUUGUUUCAGCUAGAAGGCUCUGAUGAUAUUGAUCAUUGGAAAACCUUUUCCCUAUGUUGUGUGUGCGGCUUUUUGUUUUUAAUUUUGCCAUGACAUUGAUGUCUGGCUUUCUUCCUUAUAACUACUAACUUACAAUUGGAGGUUUGUAAACUUUGGUUCGGUUUUUGACUUUUUUUUAUCCUUAAUGUGCCAAAUAAAACAAUUUCCCUAUGCAGACAGGAAGAACAGCAUCGGGGAAUUAUGAUUAUUAAAAUGUAAAAAGCAGCUGGUCUGUUAUUAUUUGUCUUUUUGGUUCAUUUAAUGUGACGGUCUUGUUCACAGAACAGUUUUAAGGAAGACCUUUGAUAGCAGAACAGCAAAAAAACUCAACCCUAUAAAACCAAUUCAAACUGUCUUUUAAAAAAAUAAAUUACUAAAUAAAAAAAUAGACUAAGACACUCAUUUACUGGCAGUAUUUUCUCUUUAACGCAUUUUGUAACGCUUCCAUUGGUAGAAUUUUAGCUUAUGCUUAUGGUGUACAACCUGAAGCCCAGCUGAUGUUUGAGAGAGUAAGUGAUGCUAAUUGUCAAGUUUCAGAUAUGGCGUGUUUCUACUCUGUAUUUUGGUCUGUUGAUGAUAACAUAAAAUUUCCAUUGUGAUAAUUUUUUUAAUCUACACAUGUAAGCAUUAAAAUACGAGGCUACAUGUUUAAUACAUGGCACAUUAAUGUUUUUAUAGCUUUCAUAUGUUUUGGUUUAUAUAUUAAACUAUGAAACACUCAACUGAUCUGCUUUUUUAAAAAGAAACUGCAUCUUUGUACAAAUACUUGUUUUUAUUAUAUAAAUGACAAGCUAUUAAAAAAAAAAGACCACUUAAGUGAUAGCCUUUAAAUACUGUAAUAAAGGAAAACAUCUUCGCCUUUACUUCUAAAGGCCUGACAUCUUGUUUACAAAUUCUACAUGGAUUAAACACAGAUGUUUGCAAGGCAGAGUACUAGUUCCUUGUUAGACCAGGUUUGUGGGGUUUUUGUUUGUUGUUUAGGUGGGGUUUUUUUUUUUUGAAAGACAACUCUCCCAAUUUAGUGAUAUUACAAAAAUGCAUACUGUUGACAGUUGUUUAAAUUGAGUUAUAAGCUCUGUUUACUUUUGGUCUUAACAGAAAAUGUUAAUUUUUUAUUUAACUUAUUUUUUUUUAUUGGUAGGAGUAAGUCAAAUAUUUCUGGGACUACUCACCUGAAAGUUGACUAUAAAUAAUAUAUAUUUUAUAUAUCUAUGAAAAAAUCCCUAGCUGAUAGAUGCAGUGUAAGUAUAGUAAUGCCCAGAGAGGACUCUGUGCUCACUGCAUAGUAUUGGGUACUAAAUAGCCGAAACUCUGUCAAACUUUCACAGAUGCAAUAUGUUUGGGAUUCUGGUUUUUUGAACCGGAGAUGCUUUUAACUGAUCUUAAGAUUAAAAGCAAAUAAAUAAGAAAAGAUUGUGUUACACUAGUAUGCCUUUUGAAGUAGUCUAACCAAACCACUUCUAGCCUUCUAAGGGUAUGACUCAAAUGUAUGUCUGAUGUAAAUGAAAUAUGUGACUUCUGUUCCCCUGAUUCCCUUUCCUGGAGAAGUGAGAAAUGCUAAAAGAUUUCUGUUUCCUAAAUCUCAUGUAUUGCUUUGCCUUCGUUCUGCCUUCAGUAGACCAUCUCUGUGCUUGGAGAUUCCUGGCUGACUUGGUCCAUGUUUGUCAUGGACUCCGUAGUGCUCAGCAUGAAUAUUACUGGUUUGUUAGCACCUGCCAGCUAGCUAAGCAGCUAAGAAAGGUCUUUGGUCUUCCCAGUCAUGAAGCUUGGAACCUUCCCUAGACAUCCUUUGCAAAUGAGACCUUUGAGGCUAACACUACUGGUUUUGAGUGUUCCUAAAUAUUUGUUACCGAACUCUGUUUUUCUCCACUUAAUUUUGAGGAAUAUACUGGUAUUUAUUUCAGGUACGUACCCAUUGGCAUGUGACAGGUACCUGAAAUGUAGAGGUCGAAGUUCCCAUCUGCUAAACCACCCGCAGUAUGCAGCACAAAGGGUCAGAACUCCGAGCUGCUACUCGAGAAAGGCAAGAGACGAGCCCAUUCACUUGUUUGUACAACCAGUUCAGGUCAAGAGAAUUGGUGUGACUGGUACCGCUGCUUUUUGGUUAGCUGUUCUGCCCUGCUUGUUUUCUGCGUAAUGGAUGAACUACAGUUCUAUAAAUUACUUCUGGAACACAGUAAUAAGAACUUCAUUUUGUUCUGCAACAUCAGUUUGCCCCACAGCUGCUGGAUUUUUAGCCCAUGACCAAGCGUUGUUUGGUUCAUCAGUCUCCUUUAAAUGUCUUUUUUACGCUAUUUUCCGAGUAGUGUCUUUCAACAGUAAUUCUGUUCUCCUUAAGGCAUUAUCUCGCAUCUUCUGGUUUCUUGUUUUACAUGUACUGAGUAAGUCCCAGCUCAGUGAUUUUUUUCAUAUAUCUGUUGGAUUAACUGUGUAUAAAAGCAGAUCUGGAAAAACCCAAUACCCUCCCACCCCCCCAAAAAAAACCCAAACCAAAAUACCUGUAUUUCCCAAAUCUGUGGUAUUUUAUGUAGAACUUUGCAACUAUAAUUACUGCAAAAUCAGAUUAUGUUCUAAUACAGUAUCUUGAAUUAGAAUAGGAUAAGCAGGACAGCAGCUUGGAUGCUUUUAACCUUUGCAAAGAUUGGCAUUAUGUUAGCUCUCUAAACCGCUUUUUUUUUUUCCUCUUCCUGAAUCUGCCCACUGCUUAUGAGUGAUUUGACCCACUUUUUUGAGAUGGUUAGGAAGCAGCUUGCCUGGCCCUCUGCAAGCGUGCUUUACUAAGUGUUGCAGUUACUGGAGGGAGAAAUCCCCCCUAAGCCCCAGUUUUUGUUUUAGCAACCCUCUUGAUACAUCUUUGCCUGUUUUUAUUAAGCAGGAAGCACACCUUUUACGUGUUGGAAGAACAAUGUCUUCUCAGGCAGUGGAUUGCUGCUUUUGGUGGUGUAACAGUAGGAAAAACUCGAGCACUGUGUGAUGCUCUUUCUCCUUAAAAUGAAAAUUUGUCAUGUGUUAUAACGUUCCCAUGACUAAUGUUGACUUUUCUGUAGAGUACACCAAACCUGUCCAGGUUCUCUCCUUGCGGCCAAGACAAAGCCAACACUGAAUAUUAAAGAUUAGCCUUUAACUAGGAUAUUUGUCCACAUGUAAGUCUCUGUCAUGUUAGUUUCUUAGACUUUACAGAGUUCAGUGUGUUAGAAAUGGACAUUCUGCCCGAGAUGUCUUACUGACUCCAGUCAGUUGCUAAUACAGUUUCAUUGAAUGUGGCCCUGCAGCUUACUGUAGGUAGAUAAUAAAUGUGAUAGUAACACUUUAAAAUGGAGAAGAGAAGGAAUUUGUGGUCAUUGCACUAAUUAGAGACCAUUGCCGAUUUCACUGUUCGAUUCUGUCAAGUGUUUUUAAAAUGACAGUUUUUAUACAUGUAACUUAGACAAUUUACCUUCUGGUGCAGAAUAAAUUGUACUUUUUCUAUUCUAAACAAGCAGGUUUUAGCACUGCUUGGCACUGCUGCCAAGUCCGUCUUGUGCAGUUGAAGUACUUUGCACUGGGAAUACCGAAGUCGGAUAUGCUGGCAAAUUAAACCCAGAUGUCUGUUCUACAAGUGGUGUGGAAAGCAGCAUUCUACUUCAGGCUUCCUGAAUCACCUAUGGGGAAAGUUUGUGCCCUAGAUUCUUACAGUGCUUUCCUACCCGAAGACACGGGUAAUGCGUAGUUGUGCCUACGACGUGCUUACCUAGCUACUCCAGUGCUUUAGUGAUGCUUUUGCGUGUGGCAGCUUUGGGACGGGGCAAGCGCUAUUGCAGGUUACAGAUUUUCAUUGUGUGGGGUGGGCUCAAGCUUUCAUGAUGCUUUUAGUGCUGGGGGCUUCUACCAGAUACCAAGAACAGAAUGAAAAGUAGCAAGCAGGUAGUGAAUGCAACUAGUCGUCUCGAGUCAUUGCGCUAAUUAGCGGCAGUGGCUGGUUUCAUUGUUAGGUUCUCUUGAGCUGCUAUUUAGUGUUGAAGGAUGUUGUUUUACUCACCUAUGUGAAUUUUCAUGCUUAGGAUGAUCUGCUGGUCAUCCUAAGAGAUGACCAAUGGGUCAGUUAUUUUCUUUUAGAAUUUUUUUCUUUAAAUAUUAUUUCCAAUAUUUUUUCUUUUAAAUAUUGUAACUGUAAUUCCACAGGAUGAGGAAGUUAAACUGUCACUUCCUGCAAAUACAAAACAUCUUCUGAAGUAUGGGGAAAUGUGUAUUGUGUUUUUCCAGUUUCUCAUGUAAACUGUCAACUGUCUUAGAGUGGAAACCGAUUGUUACGUCAAUAACUACCUCCCGAGUUCGGCAAUAAUUGGCAAGGCAUACACUCCUCCAGUGGAUUAAAUACAUUGGCUAAACACUGUGGGUUCUUCAGAGUUUGAUCUUUUGAUUUCCAAAUUCUUGACAUGAUGUCUGGAAACUAUGGUGAUCAGCCUUGUUUUGCUGUAAGGCUUUCUCGCUUUCAUAAGACGCACUUAAAAUCCUGUUUCAGCAUAGUGGCUUUGAGGAAAAAGGUCAAUGUUCUUUGUAGUUGGUUAAUAUAGGCGUGUCCUUCUAAGAUGCUGGUGUGUAGCCUCUCGGUUCUGCAGCGGUUUUUUUACCUUUAGAAGUGGGAAGAAAGUACUUUAUCUGAUACUCGCACAACUGUCAAAGGGACUGGAAAUAUAGAAACUGUUUUUGCCGCAUGAUUCAAAUUUUUAUUCAUGUGAAGGGCUAGUCAGUAUUUUUCAGAAAUCUGGAUUAAAGUGACAAAAACCAAAGGUGGAGACAAAACACUAUACCCCACGCCCAUCAAAUAUAUUGGACGACUCCAGUCUGGGAUGGGGUUAAUUCUUGUAUUUUGUUGUUUUGAAGCAUUUUUGUUUCAUUGUUCUUCUAGAAUGCUUUCAGAAAUGUUAAACACCAUUUUAUUAAUAAGCAAUGUAAAAAAGCAUGAUGAGCAGUCACAUAGCUUUAGCUUCACAAUAAAAUGUUGCAUUUGUCCUGUU